GUCAAUUCGUCGGAAAAGCGAAGUAACGGGGUAACGGUAAUAGUACAAGUGAUGGAGCAUUCGUCAAUGUUGUUGGCCGGUGGUGGUAGCGGUAGAGCGGAUGACAGCAGCAGCAGCAGCAGCACGAAAGGUACGCAGGUGGGAGGAACAGCAGUUCCUGGUGGUGGUGCUGCGUGUCAUUCGGUCCAGCAGUUUCGGCCAGCGGCAACCGGGAAUGCAAGUGAUGCGGAAGUCUGUGAUAGAAGUAACGUGGUUACUAUGGAUGAAGUUGGGGAGACCUUACCACUUGCCGGACGGCCAUUGGAUGCAGAGCUGGCGGAGGACAACUGCACCGAUACGGAUGAUCAGAAUAGUAAUUAUCUAAGCAUUAGUAAUAGUCGUAGCAGCAGCUGCUUUGACCUACCCGGCGAGUGUUCACCAAUGAUGGGCAUGGCCCGAUUGCAGACGUCGAAAGUAGACGAAAGCAGGGUGACGCUUGUAAACGAAAGGUACACACUACAAUCGGAACAGGCCAUUGUACCUGCACAAGCACAGGCACAGCUCGAAGAUCUGCCGGUGGUGGCGAGCGGAAGUAGUAAACUUUCUGCGUCAAAGCAACGGCUCGAUUACGACGAAGAAGAUGCAGAAGAGGACGAUGAUGAGGAUUCGUCCAUGUUGACACAUUCGGCCGCAACGACGGCCACCGUUUCGUCCAACAAAUCUCGUCUACUGGUAUGCUCGGACCAGCAGCCCGGAUGCUCCAACAGCAGAAUUCAGGAUGCUGGUGUUUGUUGUAACAUAGUGGACAAUCCGGUCAGCGAUACGGGUACGGUGGAUGUGGGAAGUGUGGCGAACAAUGCUCAGGACGGUCCUCGCACAUCAGUAAACGGGAUGUCUAAUGGAACUGUAGCGGCCGGUGGUAGUGGUGCAAAUCCACACAGCCGAGUCACGACAACUCCCUCAAAUUUAAGUAAUUGCAGUGGCCUACCGACCGUCACCAUGGUGCAGCUGAAGCAGAGCAAAAAUCUCAUCUACUUCCUGCGAUUGAUCUUCAAUCACUGUAAGAGCUCCGGUAUAGGAGAACCGAGCGUUUAUCAUGCCUUAGUAGUCAUAUUUUUGGAAUUCUUCGCCUGGGGUCUUUUAACGAUGCCCGUCAUAAAUGUCCUCAAUCAAACUUUCCCAGAUCAUACCUUCCUAAUGAACGGGUUGGUAAUGGGCAUCAAGGGCAUACUAUCAUUCCUGAGCGCGCCACUGAUUGGUGCCCUUUCGGAUGUAUGGGGCCGGAAGUUCUUUCUGCUAAUUACCGUGUUCUUCACCUGCGCUCCGAUCCCCCUUAUGUCGAUCAACUCUUGGUGGUUCUUUGCAAUGAUCUCAAUCAGCGGUGUGUUUGCGGUAACGUUUUCCGUCGUGUUUGCAUAUGUAGCCGACGUUACGACGGUGGAAGAUCGAUCACGAGCCUAUGGCUUGGUGUCAGCUACGUUUGCUGCUAGUUUGGUUAUUUCACCUGCACUCGGAGCUUACCUGAAUGACAAAUACUCGGAGCCGUUAAUUGUUGCCCUGGCCACUGCAAUCGCCGUUCUGGAUGUGUUCUUCAUUCUGGUGGCGGUGCCGGAAAGUUUGCCGGAGAAAGUACGACCCAGCUCCUGGGGUGCCCCAAUCAGCUGGGAGCAGGCAGAUCCGUUUGCAGCGCUCCGUAAAGUUGGUCUGGAUCAAACGAUUCUGAUGCAGUGUGUAACGGUGCUGCUCUCUUAUCUGCCAGAAGCGGGACAAUAUUCGUGCAUUUUCGUUUACCUGAAACUGAAAAUGCAUUUCAGCUCGAUCGAUGUAUCGAUCUUUAUCGCUGUCGUCGGUAUACUAAGUAUACUGACGCAGGUCAUCCUAGGUGAUCUAAUGAAGGCACUCGGUGCAAAGCGUACAAUAAUAAUAGGAUUACUGUUCGAAAUGUUACAACUGCUUUGGUAUGGUUUUGGCAGUCAGACAUGGAUGAUGUGGGCAGCAGGUAUUCUUGCUUCAUUAGCGUCAAUUACGUAUCCGGCCAUCAGUGCAUUCGUGUCGAUACAUUCCAACCCGGACCAACAAGGUGUGGUCCAGGGUAUGGUGACAGGAAUGCGCGGUUUGUGCAACGGUCUCGGGCCAGCAAUGUUCGGCGUCAUCUUCUACGUGUUUCACGUCGAUCUGAACGACGAGCAUAAUGUUGCGAGCCAUAGUCUUAACGGUGCCGCCAUCGGUGCGGUAGCUGGUGGUGGAGUAUUCGACGGAUCCGAUGCAAAGUUUGUGCGCAACGAGACGCUACUCGGGGGCUCGGUCCACCAUCACAUCGAGGACGAGUAUUCGCAGCUCAUGCCGGGUCCACCGUUUGUGUUCGGAGCGCUAAUGGUUAUAUGCGCCAUCGCGGUGGCAGCUUUCAUUCCGGAGACGCCAAGCGAUACCAUCCGACGGCCAUCGGGUGAGAAGAAAAGGCUCUCGUUGGAUGUCGAUUAUGAGUACGAGCGUGGACGUAAGGUAGCUGGCCCACUAUCACCACUGAUGCACCAGGACUCUGCUCAGCUAUAGUUGUGUUAAAUUGUAAUCCCUAGCGCACGCUCUGCUCCCGUUGGUAGUGGUGGUGUUGUGCGCUCGAUAGCAUCCUAUUUGCCGUCAUCAAUAGUUUGUACAAUGUAGUGUAAGCAAAAACCAAAAGCAAAAAGCAGAAACAUUUUGGU